UGUUGCAUCCUUCGAAAAGAUGCAUAAGCUAAGAUUACUAGAUCUAUACUCAUACUCGUACACCAGGGGAGUCUACAAAUUGCACCUUCCUCCAGGUUUCGAGUUUCUCCCUGAGGCCCUUAAAUAUCUGAGGUGGCAUUUCUAUCCUUCGACAUCUCUGCCAUCGAGGUUUUCUUCAGAAAACCUUGUCGAGCUUCAUAUGCGCAACAGCCGACUUGAGCAACUUUGGAAUAAAGGCGUGCAGAUCAAUCUUGAGAGCUUAAAACUUAUCGAUCUUAGUCACUCCGAGCACCUGGCUGAUGUUUCACCUCUGAUUGAGAGUCCAAAUCUCAAGAGCAUUGCGCUUCAGGGUUGUACAAGUUUGGUUCGACUUCCUUCAUCGUUUCAGAAUCUUGCCAAGCUUACUAGUCUUAAUCUGUUUGGUUGCUCCAAUCUCAAAAUUCUCCCAGAGAUGCCAAGCAAUCUGAAAGUCUUAUUGUUGGAUAAGACUGCAAUAGAAGAAUUGCCUUCAUCAAUUUGGUCUCUCGAGAAGCUUUAUUAUUUGACACUUAGCAGGUGUGAAGAGCUUAAGAGUCUUCCAAGCAGCACUUGUAGGUUGAAUUCGCUCCCAAAUCUACAUGGCUGCGGCUCUCUUGAGUCUUUGCCUGUCGAGCUACCUUCUGGGCUGAAGGGACUGGAGUUGAGCGAUUGUGAGAGUCUUGGGUCUUUGCGUGUCGAGCUACCUUCUGGGCUGGAGUACUUGGACUUGAGAAAUUGUAAGAGUCUUGGGUCUUUGCCUGUCGAGCUACCUUCUGGGCUGAAGGGAUUGUACUUGAGCGGUUGUAUGAGUCUUGGGUCUUUGCCUGUCGAGCUACCUUCUGGGCUGAAGGGAUUGUACUUGAGCGGUUGUAUGAGUCUUGGGUCUUUGUCUGUCGAGCUACCUUCUGGGCUGAAGGGAUUGUCGGCAUUGUAUUUGAGCGGUUGUGAGAGUCUUGGGUCUUUGCCUAUCGAGCUACCUUCUGGGCUGGACUACCUGGACUUGAGAAAUUGUAAGAGCCUUGAGUCUUUGCCUGUCGAGCUACCUUCUGGGCUGGAGUACCUGCACUUGAGAAAUUGCAAGAGUCUUGGGUCUUUGCCUGUCGAGCUACCUUCUGGGCUGCAGAGUCUGAAGUUGAGAAAUUGCAAGAGUCUUGGGUCUUUACCGAAGCUGCCAUGGCUUCUAGCAUUGUUUGAUGCAGAAGGCUGCACGUCACUAGAGACAGUCUCAAGUUCGAUGAGGACUGCACCCACACAAGGUAGGGAUCAAUUGCGUGACGAGGAUCUUUCAUUUCUAAAUUGCGUGAAAUUGGAUCAGAGUGCACGGAGCAACAUAAUGGCUGAUGCACAGCUUAGAGUUAUGCGAAUGCAACUGCAUCACGUUUCCUCAAUAAAACCCGUACGAUUAAUAUUGUCUGUCCGGGAAAUGAAAUUCCAAAGUGGAUGAUGUAUCAAAGUGAGGGAUGUUCGAUAAAUAUCAAGCUUCCUCCUCGUUGGUUUCGUCAAGGCUUCCUCGGUUACGCUCUAUGCAUUGUGGUUGCAUUCAACAACUAUACGCCACCCGAUUUUAAGAGUUAUUCCGAAUUUAGUUGUGAAACCCAUCACAAAACUAACAAUAGUCACGAAGUUUGUUGGGAAGCCCUCCGUACAAGCCCACCAGGUACUCUCAUCGAUUCAGAUCAUGUGUUCGUGUGGUAUUUCCGCCCUGAAUUUGUUCGAUUAGGGAGUGCAAUCAAUCGUGAGGAUUGGGUAAAAGCAUCCGAGGCCUCUUUUGACUUCAAGUUGUGCCAAAAUCCUAUUCGGAUCCCAAAAGAAGGAAAUCUCGUUGACCCCUCCACUGUGAGGGUGAAAAGGUGUGGAGUCUCCUUGUUGUAUGCCCAAGAGAUUGAAAAGUUACUUGGAGGCAUUGAUGAAGAUGAAGUUAUGGAACCAAAACAAGCAGUAGAAGAAGAAGAUAUCGUCAUCAAAACUAAGAGACGACGGGACGAGUUUGAACUCAGUGGAAGUGGAACUGCAAGCUUCAAAGAAGAAUAUAACGACCAACUACCUCCCCAGAGUAGUAAAAGGAAAAUCAACAUCAUGUGAAAUAUUCACGUUCACGCUCACAUUCAUAGCUUUGUUUUACAUUUUAUGGCUCUGUUUAGCUUAUCCUCAGAACAACUUGGCUUUUGUUGUGGCUAAAGCAUGUGGAAAUUCAAUUUCAUACCCCAACUUGAUUUGUUUC